CCCAGGCCCUCCUCCUGGUCAGUCUCCGAAAAUGUGGCUUAAUCCAAAGCUCUAUCGAACUCGUUUACUCCUUGAUGUCCUCCGCAUUUUCGUUUUUCCAUCUCUUGUACUGUCGGAACUAUGUUGUCAAGCAAAUAUUCGACUUGGCUUGCUAACUGUGCCCGCACACAUUUCGGCCAUCAUAUUCUGGGGCUAUAUUCGGAAUCUCUACUACGACGUCAAACAAUCACGAGAAACCAAGCGUCUUGGAGCGAAACCUAUUCCAAGAAUUAAGGGCAAGUGGCCCGGAAAUGUGGACGUCUUGCUCCGAAUGAUGAAAGCAUUCAAGACUGCCUAUCUCAUGGACGUCUAUCUGGAACUCUUCCAAGAAUAUCAAUGCACAACACUCAACACGAGGAUAUUAUGGGUUGAUCAGAUCAUCACUAUGGAUGAAGAGCACAUGAAAUUCGUUCAUGCAACUGGAUUCAACCAUUUUUGGAGAGGCAGGCGUCAGAAAGAACGAAUGGAGGAGUUCUUAGGUGAUGGGAUCUUUAAUAGGGAUGAUGAGAAAUGGAGGCUGCAUCGAGUAACUGCACGGCCCUUCUUCGCACGCGAACGCAUCUCGGAUUUCCAAAUCUUUGACAAGCACACGACUCGCACAUUGAAUUUGCUGACCCGCAUCACCGCAUCAGGUCAACCAUGCGACGCACAAGAUCUUUACGCACGUUUCACAUUGGACAGCGCAUCUGAGUUUCUGUUCGGAAAUAACUUGGAUACUUUGUCACUUUCGCUUCCUGAGCCUGGAAAAGCGAAGAUGGGGCCGAAGGGAAGUGCGACAAACGACGAGUUCGGAAGUUUUGCUCAGGCUUUCGAGUUGGCGCAAUGUGUUAUCACCCAACGUGCCCGCUGGGGAUAUUUCUGGCCUGUUGUGGAGUUAUUCAAGGACAAGAUGAAAGAAUCUUCGCGAGUGACAAAGAAAUGGCUCGACCCGAUAGUGCAGCGUGCAAUCGAUGAAAAGGCCAAGGCAAAGCGAUCAGGGAUUGAAGCUCCGAUGUCGGAAAGGACUUUCCUAGAACACCUUGCACAGAGUACAGAGGAUGUUGGCCUCAUCCGAGACGAGUUGCUGAGCAUCUUACUCGCUUCACGCGAUACAACCGCAUGUUUGUUAACUUUCGUCACUUACUUUAUGGCAAUGUAUCCGGAAGUCGGGAAGCGCAUGCGGGAAGAAGUGCUUCAGACUCACGGACAUGAUGGACUACCGACUUACGAAAGCCUCCGGAACCUGAAGUACAUGCGUGCUGUCCUGAAUGAGACCCUCCGCCUAUUCCCUCCUGUACCGUUGAAUGUACGGGAAUCUCGGCCGGCAGCGGUCACGCUCCCGCCAUCGCGACUACCGUCCUGCACCACGACAUCCGUGUAUCCGCAUACGCCAUUUAUCCCAACGCCACAAGAGCCGUUGUAUAUGCCUGGUUCGACACCGGUUAUGUAUAUGCCAAUGCUCAUGCAGCGCAAUCCGGAUCUCUGGGGUGCCGACGCAGAUGAAUUCGACCCUGAACGGUUUUUGGACCCUGCAAGGACCGCGAAGCUUACCUCGAAUCCGAUGAUGUUCACUCCAUUCAGUGCAGGUCCAAGAAUCUGCCUUGGACAGAACUUUGCAUACAACGAAGCAUCUUUCUUCCUUGUUCGACUAUUACAACAGUUCGACACGUUCACAUUAGUGCCGGAGUUCCAGCCUGAAGGUUCUCAGCCACCCGCAUCAUGGAGGGGAAAACAAGGUCGUCAGGCUAUUGAGCGGUGUUGGCCCGCUGCCGCGUUGACGUUGUACGUCAAGGGUGGUCUAUGGGUGCGAUUUGGAAAGUCUAAAUCAAAUUAAACUGGGCUCUACAUCUUUUCAUUUUUCUAUCUAUCAUACUCUGAGGGUGGAAUGUUUUUUGAAAGCUUCAUUGUCACGAUCCCUUAAUUGUUCACUUUGAUGUUUUGUUGUCUGUAUCCCAAACCGACCUGUGAAUUUUCCCUCCUCAAGUUUUGCGUCCUCCAUUUGUUCAUAGAUUUUUAGAUACCUUUGGAGUCAUUUUGUUUCAAUUGGUGUAUCUACUUAUGCCUAUCUAUCUUGUAGCUCGGGAUUAUCAUUUUGUCUCUCUGUAGUCAAUUUCACUCAAUACACGAUAGAAUUCAA